UGGGUUUGUGUUUAAUUGAUAUUAUUGAAAAUGAGUAUUGUCUUCUCAUGAUGACCGUCUAUUUUAGUACAAUUGUUUGUUGUGUGUCUCGAUUGUUAGUGGAAAUGAUGUGGUUUUCUGUUAUAUUGUGUUCGUACCACGUCUUGACCCAAGAUCUUCCAUUGACUUAUAUUGUGUGCGCUCUGAUGAAUCAGUCUGACCAUUAAGACUUGUUGGCAUUAUAUGAGGGUCUUUAGGCAUAGGAAGCAAAUCAGAUAUUGGCAUAUUGGAAAUUAUGGUUGAUCCUGGCAUAUGUUACCCAAUUGCAAAGAUUCUAUAUCUGCAUACUGUUGCUAGAUUUUAAUUUAUCUACCUGACACGUAAUAUGGAUAUUAUCUGUGAUGCUGCAUUGGCCAUGAUCAGUUUAAGAUCCAGACAAGAGUGUUGAGGAUUAGAAGGGUUGAUAAUUGGUGUUAUGUUCACAUUUGAUGGAUUUGUUUUAUUGUGUGAUUUUACUUUGUUAGAUGAUUUAAUAGAUGAUAAGGAAGCUUAAGGUGACCGUGACUAUGUUGAUUUUAAUUUGAAAGAUGAUUUCCUAAAAAAAAUAGCUUGUCUGAUUUUUGGGGGAUUGGAUGUUAAGCUUGUUGACAUAAAUUUUUUUGAGAGAUAAGCAUAAUUCCUGAGUCUUCAUUUAAUAGAUGGUUGAACAAAAAGUGAUUCAAGGUUUGAAAUGAAGUUGUCCUUCCCCCAAUUUAUUUUCCACAUGGACAAAUAAUUUGCUGGAAAUUGAAUGGUUUCAAAUUUGCCUGGAGAGAAGAUUUGGACGAAGGUUGUCAAAAUUGAAAUUCACUUUACUAGAGGACUCGAAAAAAAAGGCAUCACAUGCUGGACCUGUUGAUGAUUUUAGACACACUGAUGCCAGCUGUGGUCACAUGAUUAAACAUUUAAGUGUUGGUGUCAAGCGUCUUGGCAAUAUAGUAUAGACUUUCCUUCACAUUUUCCUCAAGAUGCUGAUGUCAUGUCAUUUCUAAAUUCAGCUUUUGAGCUUUUGUUGAGAGUUUGGGCAGCUUCAAGAGACCUUAAGAUGGUAGGUCUCAUAACACGAGUACAGUUAAAGACUUCCCUACCAAGGCUUAUCCCUACAAUAUUGGACUUUUGGUUUGUUGCAGGUUUUGUUGGUGAAGUUCUUGUCUUCCUUGCAAAGCCUCCUCGGACUUACAUGAAUCUGAGUGGUGAAUUAGUCAAUUGCAGCAGAAAACAAUUUCCCAUCCACCUUGCAGUGCAUUUUUGGUUGCAUUUAUGGAAUCUAAAUUUCAUUGAGCAUACACACAUUGCUGGUUGGAAAUUGAAUCAAAGAGCAAGGCCCAUCAUUAUUGAUCCUGCCCUUUACUUAUCAAAGAAAUCUGAUUUAGCAUUGACCACUCAACGAAGAACCCUUCCCACGUCUUUUAAACUGUUUAGUGGUAUGUCCCUAUCGAUUAUCUAACAUUUAAAAAACCUAUUUUAGAGACAGUGAGUUCUGAGCUACUUGUUAAUUUUUAUUGGAACUGUUGAUUAAUAGUUGUUUAACUCUGAACUUGAUAAUAUAUUGGGUCUUUCUUAAGAGUCAGCAAAUUACUCUUAUUAGGUUGAGCUUCAUUAAACUAAAUAUUAGACAUCACUCCAUUAAAGUGUUAUACCAUGAGUUUGAGGAAUUUUAAGCAUAUGGUGAACAUCACAAUUUCUUUUUAUAU